CGCGCCAGGGGCGGCGGGGCUGGGUUGGGGUCAGAGGUUACCCGCAAUGGCCGCCCCCAUGCGUCUCGGCGGCGGCGUGGUCUGGUCGUGGUGUCGCCGCGGGGGACUCCCCCGGCUGAGGUCCCCUCCGGGGACCCCCCGCGCCCAGGGGUCCUCCCCGGGGGUGCCCGCGACGCUGGGGCUCCGGGCCUCCCCCGCGGGAGCCUGGGUCGACGGGGCGGCUCCGCUGUCCUCUGGCGCCGCGCGCGGCAGCGCUGGAAGCGAUGCGAUGUGCCUGAGCAGUGUGCGGCAGCGUGACUACGAGGGGUUCCUCUGCUCGCUGCUCGUGCCGUCCCACGCACGCUCCGCAGUCAUCGCGCUCAGAGCGUUCAACGUGGAGCUUGCGCAGAUCAGGGAAGCGGUGACCGACACGGCGCUGGGGAGGAUGCGCGUGCAGUUCUGGCGCGACACGGUGGAGGCCAUCUACUCGGCGGGGCCUCCGCCGGCGCAGCCGAUCGCCGUGGAGCUGCGGAAGGCCGUCAAGAAGCACAAGCUGACGAAACGGUGGCUCCUCCGCAUCAUCGACGAGCGGGAGAGGAACCUGAGCGACCGCGCGUACGGAAGCGUCGGCGAGCUGGAGACGUACGCGGAGAACACCCAGUCGUCGCUCCUCUACCUCACCCUGGAGGCUCUGGGGGUGCGCGACAUCCACGCGGACCACGCGGCGAGCCACAUCGGCAAGGCCCAGGGCGUGGCCACGUGCCUGCGAGCCGUGGCACCCCUCGCCGCACGCCGCCGCCGCAUCUUCCUGCCGCUCGACCUGUGCCUCCUGCACGGCGUGUCCCAGGAGCAGCUGCUACGGGGCAACCGUGACAGAGCCGUGCGGGACCUCGUGUACGACCUCGCCAGCCAGGCACACGCUCACCUGGAACACGCACGGUCGUUCAGCCGGAACGUCCCAAAAGCGGCCACCAUCGCCUUCCUCCCCACGGUCGCCGUGGAGGACUUCCUCGUGAGGAUCCAGAAGGUGGACUUUGACGUGUUUCACCCGAGCCUCCAGCGGAGGAACACGCUCCUGCCGCUCCGCCUUUACCUGCGGUCGUGGAGACGUGGAUACUGAAGGGGACGCGCCCGCUCAGCCGGCCACGCCGUGGCCGGCUACAGCAGCACCACCGCCGCCGCCGCCGCCGCAGUCGGUCCACGUCACAGCUGGGUACACCGACCAACAAUUCGAGCCACACCCUAACCAGAACUUACUGCAUCGUUGCAGCCGUCGUCCGCAGCCCGCGAUAACGCGCAACAACGACAUCGGCAGACAGCCGCAGCGUGCUAAAAAUGCGUAUCACACACACACCCACACCACAAAUCCGGCCACAUCGCGACCGGCCACACCAUUCUAUUGCGCUGCGUAUAUACGGGCGGCCCCCCGCUCUUCACGGUGACUCAACGCGUUCCUGGAAACACCCCCCCCCCCUGCUUCCCCCAAAGACGGUAGAAACGGUAGAGAGACAUCACUUUGCCGAUGGAGUGUUUUUCUUCCCCAUUCAUCGGCCGUGUUGAAACGGGGUUCAAUAGGUCGUAAAACAAAAAAA